CUCACCAGCUGAGUUGGAUGAGUUGUGCCGUGUUGGGGGGGGGGGGCUAUAAAAGCAAGGACGCGACACUCCUUAUCCAGACCAGAGCCUGCAGAGGUGGCUACAUCAUCAGCGUCGAAAUGAACAUUUGGUGCAAAUCGUGCAAAUGUCCUGUUAGUGCUCCGUGCGCCUCUCGUCGUCUGGCCGACGGUCAGCGCACCUCCUCCUGCAGGAGGUUCAGAUCCACCAAAGGAGCAUCCAAAGCUCGACGGGAUCACAUCAAUCAUGAGAUCAGGAAUUUGCGCACUCUGUUGCCCAUCACCCAGGAGGACCAGGAGCGUCUCUCCUACCUGCACUCCAUGGCCGCCAUCUGCACCUACAUCAGGAAGUCUGUUCUCUUCCAGGGACUCCCAGCUGGGGUGAGAUCCCACUGCUCUCUGCCAUACGAGGCCUUUCUUCAAGCACUGCACGGCUUCAUCCUGGUCACCACCGCACAGGGGAGGCUGGUCUAUGUGUCCGAAAAUGCAGCUGAAUAUCUCGGUCUUUCCAUGAUAGAUGUGCUUCAAGGAGACACUUUCUAUGACAUGGUGGAACGCUCUGACAUUGAUAUUGUUAAAUCAAACCUGGACAUUAAAAAGAACUCAUCAUCAGAGAGGAGCUUUAUAUGUUGUAUGCACACCACCAAGGCCUUCAAGCUGCAACACGGCAGCGGCUGUUCCAUGAUGGUCAGAGGGAGAUUCCAGUCUUUCCUUCAGCCUUGUCCGUCCUUGUCUUCAGCCUGUCCCACCAACCAGCCUCUGUUCGUGGCCCUCUGCACCCCCACGGUCAACCGCCUGCAGAGCUCGGACUCUGACUUCCAUCACAGCUUCAACAGUGUCCACAGACUCGACAUGUCCUUCACUCAGCUGUCCGACAGUGUUUUAUAUUUUUUGGGCUGUUCGGCAGAAGAGAUGACUGGUCGGUCGUGGUAUGGUCUCGUCCACCCUGAAGAUCUUUCUUUGAGUGCGGUUUCUCACAGAAGUUUAAUGCAGGCAGAUGACGGCUUCCAGGUGGAGAUGGUGCUCAGACUCCAGUGUAAGGAUCUUUCGUGGACCUGGGUCUACAUUCGAGCUAACAAAAACUCGGAGUGCCAGAGCGUGAGCUGCGUUAACUUCAUCAUCAGUGAAACAGAGGCCAGAUUUCUGCAGGAGAAAAUCAGCAGCGAUGCCUUCAGGCCAUCAUCUCUAUCUCUGUUAAAUUCCUGCCAUUUUGCGGGUCAACAGGCGCCACAAGCUCAGAGCCACAACAACACUAAAUGCUUUAAAAGACAGAGGAGUUCUGACAGCCAAAGCGAGGAGCCAGGAGCCAAAGCUAGACGGGAGUCUGAGCAAGACUUAUACUUUGUGGCGUGCGUGUCCUCCCCAGGCGAUAGCUCACCUGUUCCCUUGGGUGACAGCCCUGCUCUCUUCACCCCUCCCUACAGCCCGGCCUCCUCCAGCUCCUCUCUGCAGCAGCGGGAGCUCAGCCAUGACCUCCUGAUGGAUGUGCAUGGAUACACAGAUCAGCUGCUGUCCUCCCCUGAGUGCUCUCCCUACUAUUAUUCCUACCCAGAGGCAGGGCUCACCUGUCACCAAUCACCCUCCGACUCCCUCCCUGCAGCUGCUGAACAAACCUUUGACCAAGCAGCCUCUCCACUCUCUUCUUCCUCCUCCUCCUCUUCCUCCUCAUCUCCGACCUAUGAUUUCCAAGCUUGUUCCGCCGAUGCUCGAUUAGUUCCUGACUACCGGUCUGUGUCAGACAUGUGUGAGAGCCCCGUGGACUGCGCUCUGCAUCAAGACGACUUCAGCCUUCCAGAGCAGCCACAAGGGGGCAGCCGUGUCCAAAUGCAUCACGUCCCCCACCAUGUGUUGCCCAUACAUUCCAGCCUUCUUACCCCCAACCAAUCUCCCACAUCCACAGAGUCUAACCAUUACAACGAGAGGGAGCAGGCGGAGAUCAGUAUUCUGGCUCAGCAGAUCUCCUCCCUGGCCAGCAGCUUUGCCAUGUACAAUACCCUAAGUCCACUUCAAAAUGUGGCCCAACCUGCCACCACUAACACCCUGGCCUCCACCAGCAACUGGCCCCAUCACCCUUCUCUCCCCUCGGGCUCUCUGCUUAAGCGCGAGAUGGUCCUCGAUGACGGCGUGUUCGACAGCAUUCUGAAGGACCUGGACGCGGUUACAAGGAAAAGCAGCAUGUCUGGCCCCGGUGAUGUAGCAUGCAGCUACCAGCAGGGCUUGCUGAGCUGCAGGAGUGGGCCCCAUCAGCUGGAGCAGGAGCCCCUCUGGCUCUCCCCGCCCAUCACAGAGGACCCGCUGCCUGCAGAGCAGUUCACUGCCAUGGAUCCCUUCAGUUUGCAGUCGGGACACUAUGUCCAAAACACUGAGUUGCAUCAACUCAACCACUAUAUGCAGAGUGCCCUUCAGCAAGAUGGACUUGCUGAAGAAAACCUGUACUGAAAUAAGUCUGUGACUUACUGCACUACCACUUGUAUGACAUAUUGUCAGGGCAAUCUUCCUUCGCUGGGUAUAAAGACGAGUGAAAGAGAAAGAAACUUAAACGACAUCUCUGCCAAGACACUGUUUCCUCAAAAGACGCAUCCAAAGUAGAUCAUGUGCUCUUCAAGAAAACAGCUCUGUCUUCAUUUUUUAAUACUGCUGUCCGCUGUGUUUUAUGUUUUGCUAAUGUCUUACAUUUUAUGAAAAAGGUACUUUUUAAAAAUGUGUCCAACAACUCUUACACACUGCAAUGGAGGUUUAUUUACCUUCUAAUGCUGAGUGACCACAGUUUACUAUUGAGCACUUUAUCAAUGUCAUUGCCAUAAGAAUUUUUAUGAAUGAGAAGGCAUGCUGAUUUAAAGGAGUCUUACGGAGAUUUCAAAGCUAACUGGCAGAGCUUUAACA